GGUACCAAUGGUUUUUAUAGGAUGUUUAUCGGUAAUAGGCGUUCCUGGAAAUGCACUGAUACUGGUGGUAUUCAAUUUAAAACAUAAACCAAGUGUUCAUAGAACUAUUAUUCUAACAUUAGCUACAUAUGAUUUCCUCUUGUGUGGAAUUACACUUCCGUUUGAAAUCUACGAUAUGAAAAACCAGUUUACAUUUCAUUCAGUAUGGGUUUGCAAAAUUUUCAGAACAAUUAAUUACUUCUUUGCUUUCAAUUCGGGAUAUACAUUAGUUUUGAUGACCAUUGACAGGUUCCGAAGAGUUUGUAAACCAAUGAAAAUUCAAAUGACGAUAUCUGUUGGAAGGAUCUGCAUAUUUGUAAUCUUUGUCGCCUCAGCCAUAGUAACAGCUCCAAAUCUUUUUAUUCGAGGAAUACAUGUCAUUCAAAUUAAUGCAAACUUAAGUGGAUAUGAUUGUACUAUAUCAGACAAAUACAUUAACAGCAACGUUCCUGCAAUAUAUCAUGGGAUUGUACUAAUUUUAUGUAUGCUGGGAAUAAUAAUAGUUAUAUUUUUAUAUGUGUGGAUAGGGCAUGCAAUAUUGGUUCAUCUUCGGUAUCAAAAAAACUUCAAAAUUGAUCGACGCACUUCUGACCAUUCUGCUAGUUUUGUGACUUCAACUUCUUUUACAGACAUAACGGACACCAGUACUACAAAUAUUACAAAAGACAGGGAGACAACUCCUCCAAAAAGGAAUUAUAGAAAACGUAGUAUUGGAAAUGAGAGAAAAGAAAAGAUAGACGCAUCAAGCUUUAAAAUAACAAAAAUUGCCAUCACUAUCAGUCUUUUCUAUAUUGUAAGUUAUAUUCCAACUCUCGUAGAAAGCAUACUAGAAGGCAUUUAUGGAGAAGUCGUAAUGUCUAAAUACUUAUCCAUACCUUUCAUGUAUCUUAUUCAGAAAGCCUUUGCCAUUAACCACGUGGUGAAUCCGAUAAUAUAUGGAUUCAUAGAUACAAAAUUUCGAAAUGAUUGUAAAGUGAUAUUUUUUCAGUGUUUCAAAAAAUGUAAAUAUUGAGCUAUGUAGAUGCAGAUUGAUUCUCUUUAGUAUUCAGAGAUUUAUUGUAUCAGGACACUUUUUUAUAUAUAUAAUUUUGUUCAAAGCUACUAAGAGGACGAUAUGGAAUGGUGUGCUGAAUUUAUCUAUUGGC